GGAAUCAACGUAUUGGAGUGCGUUGUGGUAUUAGGAGCAUGCAAUAUCGGGGCAUGUGACCGAAUAGACCUCUAUUGUCUCUCAUCGACGCGUUCCCUCUUCCCUGGCAUUCUCAGUUUCCGAUUUUCUGAUUUCCGGUGCGUGUGAUUUAUGUGUUUUGCUGCUGCCGUGCUGUGCGUUAUAUAUUCUUAAAUUAUCAACGUGAUUAAAUACGGAACUGUAAGUAUUUUAGCGCUUGAUUCCACGUUCGUUCAACCUUUCCAACUUUAUGGAUGGCUUCCGCGUCUCGGCCCGCUCAGCUCCGCUUCCCGCUGUCUUGUCCGCUGCACCCUGGUCGUCUGGCUGUUUGCUGAUGGAUGGUGUGGGCGAUGGUUCCUUUCCACCACCUCCUGGAGGCGGUUUCAAGGCCGGUCGCUGUAUCUGGUCGCCAGUUCCUUUCACCGUCCCAGGAACAAGGUUUCGUAGCCCCGAGUCGCCUCUCGUACUGUUGGAACGCUCAGGAUACGCCGCAGGCUGCCGUUGCUCAGGACACGUAUUCCAAUUUUUAGGUGCUGCUGCCGCUGCUGCUGGAUGCCUCUCGGACGCCUUAGGACUGCCACGCCCUUCCGGAUUCGUUCUCAGGACUCACUGGACGCCGUCUCGUAGAAUUUGGACAACGCACGAGAAAGGUUCCCGGAUCUUUUUUGGCUGCUGUUUGGAUUGCUGGAUCGCGUUCACCUGAACUUGGUCUUUCAUCAUCGCCUCCCUGUGUGGUUUGAGUUGGCGUGCGUUGUACACACCGAUCGCGUUUUCAUCGUCGUCCACUACGAGGAGCAACUCGGUGGAGCUCUCGCCAUCUGAAGACACUCUCCUGUCAUUGGAGGACACCCGAGGAGAGGGGAUACCCCAGCGCACGACCAAGCAAAGGGACGCUUCACGCUGAAUGGAUGCAGCGCGAGCGGUGGGGGUAACCAGAGAUCCCAGGCGGCAGCAACCGACUCCAUCGCUGAUUGGCGGACGGAGCGGCGAAUGGGAAACGACGCCGAGUAUAAAAGCGACAAGCGGAAGACAUCGAGCUUUCGCAUCUCGGAUUCCAAGAGGCAAAAACCUCGCGAGAACAACGCAAAAUUUCGCGCGCAAAACCAUCGAUAGUCUGCAUAGCGACAUAAGUCGAUCGUGCGAACGCGUUGGAAAGUUCCGUGCGCAGCACGUUAAGAUUAAUUUUGUGUAACGCAGAGCUGAAUGCGAGUAGGCUCAUCACGCACUGACACACAGACUCGUUUACGCGAUUCCGCGAGAAUAAGCGUCGCGGUCGGGACCUGUGAACAUAGAUUUAAGUGAGAUAGUGAAUAAACACAAACAUUGAUUUUUGUUAUUGUUACAAAC